AUGUCAAAGCCAUUGAUAUUUAUAGAUGAUCAAUGUAUUGGGAUUAUUCAAGGUGUUCUCAAAACACAUCGAUUCAACUAUGAAGCAUGCGAAUCAAUGCAACCAGUGUACUCCAAAGAUUGUCUACAUAAAUGGAUUGCAUCUCCACGCAUGAUUCAUGAUUUACUGGCUCAUUUCCAGCAGAAGUUGAAGGAGGUGACACUUUCGUGUGGUAUCAGCUGGUUUAAAAUCAAGAGUUUUGAAGACUCGUUUGUUCCAGAUGGAUCCACUGUGGUUAGAUCGCUUGAAACCGAGAUUACUGUUGACGUUACCGAGUUUGAAUUGUAUCAAGUAUUUGGCGAGGCAAAUCUGACGUUUGAGCUCAAGGAUUUCAAGACAGCAUUAGCAUUUGCAGAGUUGGUUGAGUUGCCUAUUACUGCACACUUUGAUCAAAACGAAGGACCCAUUUCAUUCUCAUGUGUGCCAUAUCCAAACCAUUUCACAGCAAACUUUGUGGUUGCUGCCACAUUUAAUGCUCAAGGCACUCAGACAUUGGAUCCGACACGAUCACAAGCAGCAGCAAUGCAACCAAAUCAAGCAGCGAUACCGUCAUUGCAAUCAGGACAAAUACAAUCAACAGGUAAUGAUUCGCAGACGCCUCAACGACAGUUUCCAAAGUAUCAACUGCAACUUCAACAGCAUCAAGAAUCUGAGCAAGAGUAUGAAAUGGAUGCUAGUGGAACGAUAGUACAGCCAUCUCAAAAUGUUUUCAAGCCCUUACCAGGAUUGCAUCAUGACUAUGUAGAGGUAUUAGUUCCUCAAAGUCCAACAGGAACGAAUGAACAAGAGAGUGAUUUGGGCGAAGAGUAUCAUUCACAACAUGAGCAGUUUUAUGACACAACACCGCGUAGUGGAGAGUCUAAAGAGAAUCGAUUGGAGAGUCGAUUGAUAAAUUUAAUGGCAAAUCAAGACGAUGAAUUCAUUUGUAUUACGACUGGUGACAAAGGACGUGAAUAUGGAGAGAGAAAAACAAAGAAGAUGAAAAAAUAA